UGUGUUUGUUUUAUUGUUGGGUACCCUUUGUUUUCCUUUGUCCCUAAAUUACACAGAAAAAUCCCAGAGUGAAUCGCUUUAAAUCUACAAAAUGGCGUCACAACACGAAAAACAAGGACAAACAGCAAUCGACAAAAAGCGACGGUCACGAGAGAAGAAUUCCGACUGUGACCUUUGUGGCAAAUGCUUUAAUUGGUCCUUGAAUCGUAAAAUACACAGACGAAUACAUUUGGGAGAAAGGCCGUUUAAAUGCAAACAGUGUGGCAAAUGUUUUACACUGGUUGGGACCCUCAAAAUGGAUGCUCUCAUACAUACGGGACAAAAGGAACACCAUUGUCCUCAGUGUGGUAAACGCUUUGCACUGGCUGGGCACUUCAAAAUGCAUGCUCUUACACAUACGGGACAAAAGGAACACCAUUGUCCUGAGUGUGGUAAACGCUUUGCACUGGCUGGGCACUUCAAAAUGCGUGCUCUUACACAUACGGGACAAAAGGAACACCAUUGUCCUCAGUGUGGUAAACGCUUUGCACGGGCUGGAACCCUCAAAAUGCAUGCUCUUACACAUACAGGAGAAAAGGAACAUCAGUGUCUUCAGUGUGGUAAAUGCUUUGCACUGGCUGGAACCCUCAAAAGACAUGCUCUUAUACAUACAGAAGAAAAGGAACAUCAUUGUCCUCAGUGUGGUAAACGAUUUGCACUGGCUGGAACCCUCAAAAGACAUGCUCUUAUACAUACAGGAGAAAAGGAACAUCAGUGUCCUCAGUGUGGUAAACGCUUUGCACUGGCUGGGCACUUCAAAAUGCGUGCUCUUACACAUACAGGACAAAAAGAGCACCAGUAUCUUCAGUGUGGUAAACGCUUUGUACUGGCUGGACACCUCAAAAUGCACGCUCUUACACAUACAGGACAAAAGGGAUAUUAGCAUUCUUUGUGUUGCAAAUGCUUUGUAAUGGCUGGAACCCUUAAAAGGCAUGAUCUUAUACAUAUGAAAGAAAGUUUUGCUGAAAAACUUAACAGGCAUAUUGCACUCAUACUACAUGUUGAAAGGCCAUUUCAAUUGGCUGGAGACAUAAAAACUUGACCUUAUCCACAAUAAAUAAAACAGUAAAUACAUUCAUAUAAGAACCUAGAAAUUUCAAGAUCAGGCUGAAUGGGCUCUUAUAAAUCAGGGUACCUUUUGACAAAUCAGGCUGUUUGGGUUCUUUAAAGGACCAAUUCAAAUUGAAAUCGGUUCAAUUUUUUUUUUCAUAAUACACCGAGAACAACAACAGUCACUAAGCCUGAAUGCUUGCUGAAUUUAUCAAUAACAAUCAAUGCUGAACACAAUAUAUAAGCCCAUAUUGUACAGUACUGUAUGCAAUGCACCAAACAUUUAUAAAAAGUAUCUUACCUUUUUUCUUAUUAACCUUUUCUCAUGUUAAAUUGUCUUUACAUGUAUUCUAUAGGUUUCAAAUAAUUUUUUUUAAUCUCUGGUUCUUAUAUGCAGGUGUUUAUUGUAAUGUGCUGAUGAGCUCAAAAGUUAUUCCCUUAAACAUUUGGGGGAAACCUACCUACCAGUAUGAUAUAUGCAUGGCAUGUAAAUUAAAAAUCAUACUGAGGUACUCGGGUUGACAUUGGUUGGUCUUCAUAAAGGUUAACUUUAAGGUGUGCUUUUCAUCCAUUUAAGAGAGAAACCUCAGGAUUCCUUCCCUUAGUUACAACCAUAAGUGGAUUCAAAAGAUAUUAAUGGUGAAAAGUCUCACAUAAUAGUCUGUUGCUGGGAGGGCUCUGGUUUUUUCCAUGUUAAAGGUGUUAAAGGUUUAUUUGAGAACAGUAUGGUGUUUUCAAGAACAUUCAUGUUAUGUCAUGCUAUGUUAUGUUAUAUAAUGUCAUGUUCUUUGCCUCAUUCCAUGGGCAAUACUGUAAUUUGAAGCAAAACUAAUGAUUAUUAUUAUAAAGAAUGCAGAAAAAAACAUUUUAAGAAUUCUGAGUAUGCUUGUGAAUGUAUCCUGUUGCCCAUGGUUUACUGCUUUCCUACUGUCCAAAUAAAUAUAGUGCAAAUAUAGUAACCAAAUGUGGUAGAACUGAACAGGGGUUUGGCAUACACAUGUAAGGAUGCAGGCCUAAAGUAGAAUCUGUCAUGUUGUUCUUUUAGAGAUAUUGGCUAACCCUUGGCUCUCUAUUGGAGGCUGUAAAUGUCUUGUCUUUUCGGAUAAGAAUGUUAUGCCAGAGGGGCCGUUUUUCAUUGCAAUUCGUAAACCAGUAUUGGAGGAUGUAAGAGAACUACUGGGGACACUGGCUAAUGUACCAUCUCUCAUUGUGCUCUUUAACUAUGUCUAUAAACUAAGUCUCACG